CCCAAGAAUUAUUUCAGAUGGAAUGGCAGAUCCUGUUAGUUAUGGCAAUCCUGAUCGUGACAUUGAACAGGCACUGAUUGCUUUGAAGAAAGGUACUCAGUUAAUCAAGUACAGCAGGAAAGGAAAACCAAAGUUUUGCCCCUUCAGAGUUUCUCCUGAUGAAACAACACUAAUCUGGUACUCCCAUGGGUCAGAAAGGAUUCUGAAGCUAUCUACUGUUCAACGGAUUAUUCCUGGGCAGAGAACCCCUGUCUUUAGAAGAUUUUUGCGACCAGAAAAGGAGUAUUUGUCAUUUUCGCUUAUAUACAACAACGGUGAAAGAUCUCUCGAUCUGAUUUGCAAAGAUAAAGCUGAAGCAGAGGUGUGGAUUGCUGGCUUGAAGGCUCUAACUUCAACUAGCCACGCUCGUGGUAGACGAACCCGGAGUGAUAUUCCUGAUCUACAUGAAGCUGGUAGUGAUCCCAUUCCAAACGGGCGUCCAUUUGGCACAACAUUAGAGUUCACAACAAGUAUUCCUCGAGGCAGAGCUUCUGUUGAUCUAGUUUCUCGUGAACCAUCCUUGAAUUUUCCAGGCUCAGAUGUGGGCUCUGAAAGUGCAAAUAUGCAAGGAAGAUCAAGCGGUGGAGAUGGUUUCCGUAUUAGUGUCUCAAGCACUCCUAGUUGUUCAAGUGGAGGCUCCGGGCCAGAUGAUAUAGAAUCACUGGGCGAUGUUUAUGUCUGGGGUGAGAUUUGGUCUGAUGGGGUAUCAACUGAUAGAUAUGGGAAUCCCGUUCCUAUUAAAAACGAUGUAUUGACUCCUAAAUCCUUGGAGUCAAAUGUAGUUCUUGAUGUUCAGCAGAUUGCAUGUGGCCAUCGGCAUGUGGCCCUGGUUACAAGGCAAGGUGAGGUCUUCACUUGGGGAGAGGAAUCUGGGGGAAGACUUGGUCACGGAAUUGAAAAGGACUUCAGUCGCCCUCGUCUUGUUGAAUAUUUAGCAGUUACAAAUGUAGAUUUCGUUGCGUGUGGUGAGCACCAUACCUGUGCUGUUUCUACAUCUGGUGAUUUAUACAGCUGGGGAGAUGGUACUCAUAAUGCCGGACUUCUUGGUCAUGGGAAUGAUAUUAGCCACUGGAUACCCACAAGGAUAUCUGGUCCACUGGAAGGCCUUCAAGUUUUAUCAGUUGCAUGUGGCAUAUGGCACUCAGCAUUGGCUACUUCUAGUGGUAAACUAUUUACAUUUGGUGAUGGAUCAUUUGGUGUUCUAGGUCAUGGUGAUCGCAAAAGUGUCACAUGUCCAAAGGAAGUCCAGUUAUUGAGUGGACUGAAGACCAUCAAAGUUGCAUGUGGUGCAUGGCACACAGCUGCUAUUGUAGAGGUCACUAACCAGUCAGGUACAACUGUUUCCUCUAAGAAGUUGUUUACUUGGGGUGAUGGUGACAAAUACCGGUUGGGACAUGGGAACAAGGAAACUUAUCUGCUCCCAACCUGUGUCUCUGCGCUUAUUGACUACAACUUCCACCAGAUAGCAUGUGGGAAUAAUACAACUAUUGCCCUUACAACAUCAGGUCAUGUCUUCACAAUGGGAAGUAACGCAUGUGGUCAGCUUGGGAAUCCACAAUCUGAUGGAAAAUCACCUUGUUUAGUACAAGAUAGAUUGGUUGGAGAAUUUGUCGAAGAAAUAGCCAGUGGUGCAUUUCAUGUUGCUGUCCUGACUUCAAGAAGUGAAGUAUUUACCUGGGGAAAAGGAGCAAACGGAAGAUUGGGACAUGGAGACAUAGAAGAUCGUGACGUUCCAACAUUUGUUGAAGCACUUAAAGACAGGCAUGUGAAGAAUAUAGCAUGUGGCUCAAAUUAUACUGCAAGCAUUUGCAUCCAUAAAUGGGUCUCUGGAGCAGAUCAAUCACUUUGUAGUGGUUGCCGCCAAGCAUUUGGCUUUACUCGGAAGAGACAUAACUGCUAUAACUGUGGCCUUGUACAUUGCCAUGCUUGCAGUUCGAAAAAGGCAAUGAAAGCAGCAUUAGCUCCUACUCCAGGAAAACCACACAGAGUCUGUGAUGCUUGCUAUAUGAAACUUAAAAAGGCUGCAGAGGCUAAUAACUCCUCCACUUUCGGUAGAAAUGCCACUGCUUCUCAUCGUCCUGUGGAAAGUAGUGCAAGGCUGGACAGAAGAGAGCCUAGGACUUCAAGGAUUCUGCUCUCCCCAACCAUGGAACCGGUCAAGUAUUUGGAGGUCAGGUCUGGAAAGCUUGGAACACAACCUGAUUACUCUAUAGUCAGAGAAUCCCAAGUUCCAUCACUCUUACAACUGAAAGAUAUUGCAUUUCCAAGUUCACUAAGUGCCCUUCAAUAUGCUCUUAAACCUGUUACAACAGCACCUCAGACACCACCACCAUCUCAGCCUGCAUCCAACUCAAGGCCUGCUUCCCCAUAUUCAAGGAGACCGAGUCCUCCACGUUCCGUUACCCCAGUAUUUUCAAGGGGUGUAAUUGAUGGUCUAAAGAAGACAAACGAGUUUUUGAACCAAGAAGUAUCCAAACUGCAAAAGCAAAUUAAAAGUUUGAAGGAGGAAAGCCAAUUACAAGAACAAGAAGUGCAGAAGCUAAAGAACAAAGCCCAAGAAGCAGCUUCAUUGGCUGUAGAGAGAUCCUCGAAGUGUACCGUGGCAGUGAAAACCAUGAAACUGAUUGCAAACCAAUUGAAAGAAGUGACUGAGAGGUUACCUUCUGACAUCUUGGAGAUGGAAACCUUCACAUCCAUACAUUCCCAGGUCGAAUCUUUCCUGGAAAUGAUUGGACCUCAUGAACCAGAUGAGGAGUCUUCUUUGCAACCACAUACAGUGCAUGACCAACAUAGCCAGCCUGAUCAAACCUUAUCAGCCAAUGAAUCUGCUGAGAGGCCAGACAGAAGUAUGGAGGAUAAUGUACAUUCUCCAGGACUCCAGGACAUGCAGCAAAAUGCAGAAGCAACUCCCAGGGAAAGAAGACCAUCCAUUUCUCAUAUAAGAGAAGGUUCAGUUCAAGCAAGCGCAGAAGGUGGAUUAGGAUCACCUAAAGCUGCACGGGAAGUUAUUGAGCAAUUUGAACCAGGUGUUUAUGUAACACUAAUCCAACUUAGUAAUGGCACCAAGAUUUUCAAGCGAGUAAAAUUCAGUAAAAGAAGGUUUAUGGAGCAGCAGGCAGAAGAAUGGUGGAAGACAAAUAAAGAUAGGCUUCUGAGAAAGUACAGCACGCCCAAGGUAAAUAGCACGUCACCUGAAUCAUCAGGAACUCCAGAAGCAUCUGAGGAAAAGAGUGAAGCAGCACAAUCUUCAUAGGAAUAACCUUAGAUUAGUUGCCUAGCAAUCGAUUGCAGGAAGGGGGUAGGUAGGAAGCUUAAAUACUUGUUCUGUAGGAUAACCAACUUAGCAGAGGCAUCACAAGUGCAUACUUGCUGUGGCGAUGAACUUGACACUUUUUGAAUAGAAAUUGCAUGUUAAGCAUCCAUUUUGUGCAGGAAGAAGAAUACAGUAAAAGAUGUCAUCGGAUUAUGGUGCAAUGAGAUGAAGCUGGUUGACGAAAGGGUGGAAACAUGUACCUGUAGCCUUUUUAAACUAAUAUUGUAUGCUUUAGCAGUUAAAGCAUGUUAGUGAUCUUUGCAUUGUAUAGUAGAUGACAGAUUUGCUAGAACCUGCAGUAUUUCUACUGUAACUUAGCUUUUCUCAUCCUAUAGAA